GGGGCAAGGCAGAGGAAGCAAUACACAGCCACGCGCACGCGCGCGCACACACGCGCACUGAGCUCACAGAGGAGAGCGCGGAGCGGGAUAAACAGGAGAGAGAGAGAGAGAGAGAGAGAGAGAGAGAGAGAGAGAGACUAUCGGAACGCAGUGGUUUGUGUGUGUGCGUGUGUGUGUGCGUGAAUGCGUGUGUGUGCGUGUGUGUGUGUGUUUAGAUAGGUAGCUAGCUCCGGUAGACACACGCGAACGACUAAGCGGGGCGGACAUGGAGGGACACGGGAAAGGCACCGGGAAGUGACCGAGCACCGCGGCGAAGAAGAAGGAGGAGGGGGGGUGUGCACCGGAGAAGAGGGCAAGGACGCACGGAUAUACGCGAGGGGACGAAGGAAGGACGCGAGGAAGGACGCAAGGAGGCGAGGAAAGUCCGACAAGGAGAUUUGAGGAGGGAGAACGCAGCGGGAUUCUAAAGGAGUGAGCCCCAGGCUGGAUGGGACCCACCAUGCCCCCCAGUAAGAAGGCUCAGAGCCCCAGCAGUGGAGCCAGCGCCUCGCAAGGCAUGAGUCCGCCGUACCGGCAAGGAGACGCGGCGUCGGAGGCGGAGGCGGCCGACCUGUCCCUGUCGUUGUCGGCCUCCUUCUCCAAAGCCGAGGACGAGGAGCUGACCAGUCUGUCCUGGCUCCACGAGAGCACCGACCUCCUCAACAGCUUCAGCCACUCCGGGCUGCGUAGCGUUUCCCCGCUGCUGGACCCCGACGGCCAGCACCCCCGCUCGCCGUCUUCCUCGUCGCCGUGCCCGGACGACCCCCUGUUGGGCGACGCACACUCGGCGUACGACUUGGCGGCGGGGGCCAACCGGAAACCGCCGUACUCGUUCAGCUGCUUGAUCUUUAUGGCGAUCGAGGACGCGCCGAACAAGCGCCUGCCGGUAAAAGACAUCUACGGCUGGAUCCUGGAGCAUUUUCCCUACUUUGCCAGCGCCCCCACAGGAUGGAAGAACUCGGUGCGCCACAAUCUGUCAUUGAACAAGUGCUUCAAGAAGGUGGACAAAGACCGCAGCCAGAGCAUAGGGAAAGGAUCUUUGUGGUCAAUAGACCCGGAGUACAGACACAACCUGAUCCAGGCGCUGAAGAAAACCCCGUACCAUCCAUACUCAACAGGCUUGGCGACACCUCCCACCUCCCCGCCCACCCUGUCUCAGACAUUUCACCACAGUCCUCCAUUGUGGGCGGGGAGCCCCCUCUUCAGGAAGAACGGCGGCGUCCUCCUACAAGUUCCUCGUGGCGUGAUUCAAAACGGCGCCCGUGUGAGGAGCCAGGCACUCUUCCCUGUGAUCAGACCCCUCCCCGUCAGCCCCGUGGGCAGCAGGACUUCUGCUAUAAGAUCCUCCCUAGGAGAUUAUCUCAACCGAGGCCAGGACAGCACUUCCUGCUACUCUCCUCCGCCCUGCGCUGAGGACCUCCAGGACGACCACACUUACAGCACCGCCAAAUCCCCGACCAGGUUGGGAUCCCCCCAGGCCUCGGCCCCUUCGUCUCCCCUGGACGACGAUGACAUCAUUGCCGUGGAGAUCCAAUCCGACGUCAAACCCGAGCCCCGGGAGAUCCCGCUGGACUCCCACGCCGCCGCCACCUACCUUUCCCAGCAGUCCCUGCGCGGACAGAGACGCGGCUCGGGGACGGGCGCCGGGACGCCGGCGGACAGCAGCUUUGUGUGGACCAAAGGCCGAGCGCGGGGAUUUAGCGACAUGCUGCCGCUGAAGAAGCGGCGCGCCAUGGCGACGGCGGUGGAGAAGCCGCCGGAGAGCGACGACGAGGAGAUGAAGGAGGCGGCCGGCUCGCUGCUCCACCUGGCGGGGGUCCGGGCCUGCCUCAACAACAUCACCAACCGCACCGCCAAGGGCCAGAAGGAGCAGAAAGAGACCCUGAGAAACUAAAAUGAUUCUUUACACACAAGUAGGUCCACACGUUUAACUUCUCAUCUCCCUCCAAACACUGCAGGGCAUUAGGGGAAUCCUACUUCUUUGUGGCAAUAUCAAAAAUCUAUGUUUUCCUAACACCAAUGGGUACUCCUCAUCUUUCUUUUUGUUUGUCCUUUGGAAAAAAAAUACAAAAACAAAGGGGAUGAAAGCCAUAGUAGUCGGCGACACGGACACAAGAUGGCUGUUUUGUCUUUCGCAUGAGUUUGAACUUGUAGCAAUGUGGCAGCGCUGCCAGCGGGGGGCGGCAGAGACGCUCGCCGGCAUCCUUCCAUCCGAAAACCACGAGCACAAACGUGAGACUGUGCCAAAGAGAAGUGACCAGGUUGCUUCAUGUAGCCAACACGACAGACAGCUGACAAAAAAGAAGUACAAAACUGUAAAAAAAAAAAAAAAAAAAGAUAGGGAAAGCUCGAUGAGAAUGAUCUUAAAGUAGCAGUAGAGUGGAAAACAAGUUGCCUCUAUAUUGAACUUGUUAUCAUAUAUAUCUGAUUUAGGACACCAAAAGACUUCCAAAGUUUGCGAAUAAAUAGGUGACGAAAAUUAUCAAAAUAAUAUCAAUCUCCGUUUUGAGUCAUCGCGUGACGUAUAGGAGGAACCACAGAUCCCUUCCCCAUCAACAACAAUGCUAAUCAAGCAGACUUUGCGAGAGCCAACAACGAUUACUUUGAGGAAAAAUGUUGAUGCACAACCUUAUAUUUUUGAGCCCGAACAAAAAGCGGAUGAGCAAUAUGUUUUAGAAGCCGAGUGCUAAGCGGAUGUAGCCUUAUUGUGACACUAUAGCAUUAGCAACAUUGAUAGGUGCUAACAAUUGUAACUAUAAUAAACCAUAAAAAAAAACAAGAACUGAAAUAUUUCCACUCUCGCUGGGAUGCUGACCGACGGGAGGCUCACAUAAAUCCGUUUAGAUGAAGACUCAAUCGUAAAAAACAAAGUUGGCUCAACUAGCGUCUUUUUGUGUCUUUAUCGCCACCUCGGAGGACGUGAACGUGGACCAGCCUGACUUCCAAAGUUUGUGAAUAAAUAUGUGAUGAAAAUAAUCAAAAUAUUAUCAAUCUCACAGAGCUUUGCGAGCUGUUUUGAGUCAUCACGUUACGUAGAGGAUGAACCACAUAUCCCUUCCCCAUCAACAACAAUGAUAAUUGAGCAGACUUUGCGAGAGCCAACAAUAAUUUCUUUGGUAAAAACUAUUACACAGAAACGUAUAUCUUUGAGCCCGAACACAAAGAGGACGAGCAAUAAAUUUUAGAAGCCGCGUGCUAAAAGGAUGUAGCUUUAUUGUGACACCAUAGCGUCAGCAGCAUUAAUAGGUCCUAAAGAUUCAAACUAUAAUAAACCAUAACAAAACAAAAACUAGAAUAUUUCCACUCUCGCUGGGAUGCCGACCGACGAGACGCUCACAUAAUUCCGUUUAGAUGAAGACUCAAUCGUUAAAAAAAAAAAAAAAAAGGUGGCUCAACUAGCAUCUUUUUGUGUCUUUAUCGCCACCUCGGAGGAUGUGAAUGUGGACCAGCCUGUCGGUCCACGGCCACAUUUGUCUACGAGCAAGUGGGAGACGCAUGAAUCAUAAUCUAGAAUUUACUUUCGGCAAGUUUGAGACCAAGCAGAAGCGCCCGUGUGUCAACAUUAGCAGUUAGCAUUAGCUCACUGCUAUCAAUGCGCCGCUAAAAUAGUCUGUCUGCGUUAGCACUUAUAAUAACAAUAUCACACAUAUUUGGUUCACACGACAUGUCUUUGAAAUAUUGUUGGCGCUUUCUGGAUGUUUUUAGAGAGUAUAAUGGCAAGGCAAGGCAACUCUAUUUAUAUUUGCACGUUUACAACUAUUUUUAAAUUGGACCAAAGUUAAAAAGAAAAGAGCAAAAAACAAAGCAAAGAACAUAAACAAUGCAUAAGCUAAAAAAGAUAGUGCUAAAGCAAUACGAUGAAAGGGUUCAGAUAAAAAGUAAAAUUGCAAGAUAAAAAUAAUUAAAUGAUAAAAGUGCAACAAAUUGGAAAAAAAAAAUAAGGAGAGGACCUCCACCUGUUGACUCAACUAUUAGAUAUUUAUUUACCAUUUGGAAUGCAUCUAAAAGCAUACGUCUUCUUAUCUUACGUAAUGAUCGCUUUCAUGUCUUUCCAACUGUUGCCUAUUUCCAGUAUGACUGACCUAAUAAUAUGGUCAGAGUGCAGAAGCGUCACUACACCGACAUCGAAUCUACGAAAAUUGGGGCGGAAUAUUCAAAAAUUGUGGCGUUUUGUGAUGUUAAGACGGUGUUUUCACAUACAUUGCUUAUUGUGGGUACAAUAAAACACAAUAAAGUCAACUAGUUGUUCCACUCUACUGCCACUUAAAGAGAAAUGUAAACCCCAAUGUGAUAUAUACUCAUGCACUUAUUUUAUUGAUUUCAAGAGCACUCCUAGUAUUUAAAGUAGAUAUAUGGAAAAAAAAAAUGUGUAUCACCCUUAGUGAUGGAUAGUGUGCCGGGUGCGAGGCAAUAUCUCCUUCAUCCUGUGGUGGUCCUCGUCCUCGGUGCAUCCUGUAAACUUCUCACCAGUAUUUCAAAAGACACCAAUCGGAUCUUCAUUUGUGUCCCAAAAAAAAAAAAAAACUGUUUUUGGUUGUUUUUUCUUUUUUUGUUCCACCUCCUCAUAAAGAUAUAAUAAGCAAUUUGUCCCCGCGCGGGCAACUCUGUAAAAAGUUUAGAAAAUAUUUUUAUUUUUUUUUCCUUUUCCUAAUUGAAGCAAUUUGACCUGCAGGACUUUCUCAGUUAUAUUGCAUGGGUGCUUGUAAAUAAGAACGAGAGCAAAUCUUUUUUAUUCAAAGAACAUGUAAGAUAAACAAUGUAUUUAGCAUGAAGCAUGACUUAUUUUCAUAUAAACCUCGAUCCUAGUCGAAAGGGACAAAAAAAAAGUUUUGCCGCCAAUUCUUAUACCCGUGGUUAUAUUGGAUUUUUCAGAUUUUUUUUUUUUUUUUUUUUUUUUUUUCCUGGGUUUAUUUGAAUCCUUUUAGGGGUCUUGAGCGGGCUUUCAAAGACACGCCUUCAGGGAGCAUUGUGGGGACGUCACUCUGCUAAAGGAGGCUCCUAAGGGUUCUGUCUUCUUCUGCUCGCGCAGUAGUUUAAGUGAUCACAACACAUCUGUAGUGUGUGUGUGUGUGUGUGUGUGUGUGUACCCAGGAACACACUCUUUAACAUUGUGCCUGUCUGCCUGCCCUCAGUACCUCUGUUGUCGUGUCUCAAACAUCCGUGGACAAAUCUUUAUUUAACACAACAGUGUUGUUUUGAGCCCUAAUGUGUGUGUCCGUGUGUGUGUCCGUGUGUGUGUGUGAGUGUGUGUGUGUGUGACUCCACCAGCAUUGUCCAGUGUACCAAACAGUUGUGACCUGCAGUAUUUGCCCACAUGAAAAGGACAGUAUGGUGAAGUAUUCUAAAGAAAUGCAGACGGUAACAUUAACAAAAAACCCGAAAAAUCCCCGAAUUGUUCGUAUCUCGCCCUUUUCUCGAUAUGUCGAAAUAAGUUUGUUUUUUUUCUUCCUGUUGAUAAUUUGGCUCUUUGAUCUGAGUUUUAAAUCGUUCCAAAAAAAAAGAGAUGUUUGCAGGUUAAAUGUAGUGACUUUUUAAUCAA